AUGCUGUCCGACACCACCCCCACCCAGCUCGUCACGGACCGAAGCUCCCUCGGCAGCUUUUGGGUGGCCUUGGGCUCCCCCGGCCCCGAGUCUCGGCCCAGGCAAGAUCCUGCUCAUGGGUCCGGCCCCGGAGGGGAACAGGGUGGUCGCCCGGCUCGGCCGCCAGGGGGCGCGCUGCCACCGGGCGGUGGGGCUCCCCCCCGCUUCCGCCGCCGGAAGCACCGAGCCACGGCUGCCCCUCUGUCCCGCUUGCAGAUCGUAGACCUGGACGUGAAGAGGAACCGGAACCGGGAGGCCCUACGGGCGCUGCAGAAGGACCCGGAGCCCGACGGCAAGGCCAUGGUCUGCUUCGGGAACAUGUUCAUCGAGCUCCCAAAAGGCAAGACCAAGGAGAUGCUGCAGAAGGACCAGGAACAUCUGGAUGAGGAGAUAAACAACCUCCGGAAAGAGCUGCGCGUGAAGGUCAACCGCCUCUUCGAGGCUCAAGGUAAAGCCGAGCUGAAGGGAUUUAACCUGAACCCCAUGACUGCUGAGGAAAUGAAGCUUAUCAAUCGCAUCCUGGAGGGCUGAGGUGGCCGUGCCAUCGUCACAUCCUUGGGCUGUCACCCGUGGAGCUCACGCUGCAACAGCCAUGGCUUUGGGGGUUUGCAGGAGGACACUAGUGUGCCUGGAGCCUGCCUCGGGUGAGAUCUCUGGUGGGUGCUGGGAAGCAUUUGGCUCCUCAGCUACACCACCACAGUUUCCUUGGAUGACAAACCCUUUCCUGCUCCUUGCCCAGGUGGCAGAGGCACGGGCUGGGACACAGCGAUGGGCAAAUGCCCGUGGCCAGGGUAGAAAUGGGAUUAUUAAAAUCAGAGCAGCGGGGCAUUCCUAA